AUGGGAUUGCUGUGCUCACGUUCGCCCGUCAUCGGUUACAUGGCAGCUUCGAACUCAUUGUCCGAUAAGAAGGCGUAUCCAACACUGGCUAGAGUUUCGCUGAGGACUACGAGCUCCCUAGCAGAAGCGACCUCAGCACUACUAAAUCACUACGGAUGGACUAAGGUCUGCUCGAAUGCCAAAAUAAUAUUCGACGAAUGGGCCGACACAAAGGCAAUGGUGGCCUCAGGGCUACUCUCCGAACUUAAAGUGUCCGCACGUAUCGUCAUCUGCCUAUUCUCCAACACUCGUGAGUCGUCACGACAUUUUCUGACCGCCGCCAAUUCUCAAGGCAUGAGCGUGAACGAAUUCGCUUACGUCUUACCUUGGUUGCAGGAUGGAACCAAAGAGAGCUCGCCAUGGAUUAGUGCGGACGGAAGUAUGUUGCAAAAGGUCAAGGAUCAAUACGCCAAUGCCAUCAUA